UUUGUGUAGUGCUGGUCACACUGACAAUCAGCUGUUUAUUUGCAAUUCACACAAAACGCUGAUUUGUAAUUCACACAAUCUCACAGCUGUUUUGGUGCUUUCACGUGAAGCCAUCGCCGGCGGUUGGGGAAUUGUCGUAUUGUCAUUCCGCGUGCGUCGUCGGUCUCUGUGCAUUUCAAAAGUGUGUUGUGCCAAACUGACGGCGACGCGCCGCUAGAAACAAAUAGUGCCAAAAAAGAAAGAAAAAUCAACUCAAUAGACAGAAAAACAAAGAGGCAAAAACUCCAAAAAGCAAUUGAAAUAAAGCAAACAAUGCGCUUGCUUGCAAAACAACAAGAAAAAACACCAACAAAAUGUCACUAUUCAACAACAGCAACAACAACAUACAGAAGCAGAAACAACAACCACAACAUGCCAAAACAGGAACAACAACAAGUCUAAUGCUGCCCAUUAUCAAUGAAUUGAUUAUGGAGUCCGAGUCGGAGACAGAGACGGAAGAACUGGAUGAUUACAGGCUCAACUUUGCCGCUGGUCUUGAGACGCAUUCGAUGAUGAGAAGCUUGGAGAACAGCAUCAGCGGCAGCUCACUGAACUCUCUGGCAUCCAACUGGUCCAACUGCUCCAACUGUUCCAACAGUUCAACGGAUUCAGUUACAACGAUCAGCAGACAACCGUCGAAUGCGAGCAAACACUUUGAGAACACGUACAAGUUGUUGGGAAAGCAUCUAGAGAGCAAUUGUCAACGUACUGCAGACAAGUUGCAACAGUUGGACAAACAACUCGACUCGAGUCUGGAUUUGGACAGCUUGAAUAGCUCCUCCUUAUCGGCCAUUGUUAAUGGCACUGAACCGGCGCCCACACGCCUCGAACUUGAAUUGGAGGCUGUUGAACGUAUGCGUGUUAUUGUCCAACAAAUGAAGAGCACGCCCAAAGAGCAGGCUUCGUCUUCCGUCUCUGUUCCCAUGUUGGCCCUGUUGCAUGACUUUGCUGCCAAGGGACAGCCGAGUUCCAAGACGAUCAACAGCACACCCUGCACUCCAACGUCGAGUCCCAUUACGGGUGCUCUGCCUCCGGAGGGGCCCAAUUUUGAGCUGCCCAAAGAGCUGCUGCAGGCGGCGAGUUCUUGGGAGCUCAUGUACUAUGCGUCCAAGAAUGUCGAUGGCAAGAAUUGCCUCAAAGUUGUCCGCAGUCUCUUGACCAACAAAGUUCUAUGUGGUAACCGUGUUAGCCAGAUGACUCGUGCCUACGAUGACAUUGAAGCCGUGACGCGUCUGCUGGAAGAGAAGGAAAAGGAUUUGGAGUUGACUGUGCAAAUUGGCAAGGAAUUGCUAACCCAAAACAAUGGACUGGAGGCGCGUGUCAGCGAUCUGGAGACGGAUCUGAAAUCCGCCAAUGACGAUCGUGCCCAGCUGCUGCACGAGCUGCACAAGAAGAACGAACUGAUUUCGGUGCUAACCAACGAUGCGGACGAUGGCACAGAUGCGGACACACCCACAAUGUCCAAGUCCAUCACCUUGGAUCUGCUGCAGAGGAAGGUGAAUUCUCUGCUGGAUGAGAACAAAUCUCUGAAGUGCGAGGCGACGCAAUUGGCACAUCAGACGGACGAGGUGGAGGAGCAUGAGCGGCGACUGAUGGCGGACAUAAGUGCCCAGUUGAAUGAUGCCAAUUCGCAGUACGACAACAUCAGUUUGGAGCUGGAGCGACAGAGGGAGGAGAAUCGUCUACAGCAUGAGCAGAUUGUCAGUCUCACGGCGCGUCUGGCGGAGGCGGAGAUGCGGCUGCAUCAGCUGACGCAGGACAAUGAUGAGCAUCUGUCGCUGCUGCACGUGACCAAGGAGAAUCAGAAUGCCCUGGCACUGGAGCUGGUGGAGUUUAAGCAGCGCUAUGAGGAGGUGUUGGCACUGCUGCACUCUGCCCAGGAUCAGUUGAAGCAGCAGCGCAAGAGAUCGCAACCGCAGGCGCGCAGCUCUUUCCUGGGUGGACUGGGCAACAAUGGAGCAGCUGCAGCUGUUGCUGUGGAGUCACUGCAAUCCGAACUGAUGGAAUCCUCGCUGUACUCGGAGAACAGCCUGGACUCGGGCAUCUCGGGAGAUAGUCAACGCUGUGCGGAUCGCAUGAGUCGCAUGAUGUCACAGAUGCCAGGUGGAAUGGGUGGAUUAGGAGGUGGAGGAGGUGGUGGUGGUGGUGGCAUGGCAACCAGCUUUGGUUCCAGCAGCAUCUAUGGACCACCGCCUUACAAGCGUGCAUUCGACACGGUGCGCUGUGCCACCAAGAGUGGCAACUACAUGGACAGCGGCAAUGUGUCCAUGACACAGCUGGGCGCCAUGUCCAUGAGCAGUGCGUCGGGUCCGCGCAUGGCAUCCAUGGCGUAUCCGGCGGGUUCGUAUUACCGUGGAGCUAGCGGCGGCAGCAGCAACUCCCUCGGCCUCAAGACGCUCUCCAACGAAAGCCUCAACUCGCAGUCGGACGAUGGUUAUCCGGCACAGCCAUCUGGUGUGCCUGGUGCUCCUGGUGCCAAGGAGCUGGAGGCGGCUCUCAAGCGUCUGACGCCCGCUGAGGUCUUGGCUCGACGUGCAAUGCUCUCGUAUGCUCCACUCGGCACCUACAACUACGAUGAGCCGCAUCAGGGAAGAUGUGGACUUGGCCAGGCUGGACAAGCAGCUGGCUUGGGUUUGCCCAUGGGUGUGCGCACGCCGGACAGCAUCAUGUCAACGGGAUCGGGCUCGUCGGGCCUUACAACGCAUCAGUGGCGUCUUCCAGAGAAACUGCAGAUUGUGAAGCCCAUGGAGGGUUCACAGACACUGCAUCACUGGUCCCGCUUGGCAACGCCCACGCUCAGCGGCCUCUUGGAGGAGCGACCCGGGGUCACCAUUCGCGGUGGACGUGGUCUCGAUGAUCUGGGCAUGCAGGUGUACAACUUGUCCGAUGUGGAGGAGGAUGUGAAUGAAGAAAUAGGUCUCGGCAAGCAGUUUGAAGCGCCUGGCUGCACAUAUACAUAUACAAACAGCAUGGUCAUGCAUCCGGAUGACGGAUUCGUCAACGAUCUGUCCUUCCUGUCGCAGUCACAGAUGUCCUCGCGCAUGGCCUCCACCUCGACAUCAAGACAGCCAAGUUGUCCUGCCACGCCCCGUGCUGGCAUGUCGAGGAAGAACUCCUGCUCCACAUUUUCGGUGAAUCUGGGCCUGGCUGGCAUGUUGAACGAGCGCGGCAUUAAGGCGGUCACGCCCAGCGCCAUAAACACACCCGCCGGUCCGAAUUACUCGCCGACCGUGACGCCCUGCAACAGUCCGGAAGGAUCGCCACCACGUUGUCAGUCGCCGGAGCCGCUGUUUGGUCUGCUGUCAUCCGGUGCGGAUUUGAUAAGACGCAAACUGGUUGGACCCAGCGAUGUGCAACUGCAGCGGAAUCUAAGCAAGCAGCAGCAUCAGCAGAAGGUCAUGUUGUCGCAUCUUGAGCGACGAGCGUUGCGUUCGCUCAAUCUGAUCGAGAAGGUGGAGAGCAUUGGACUGGAGAACAUAAUCAGUGCACAGCGUAAUCUUGGCACUGGCAUUGCCAAUCGCAGCAGUUCCCCGCUCUCCCAACUCAGCUGCAGCAGCGGAGGGGAAAGCCUACAGAGUUUGCAUAUGAGCAGCAAUAGCAUUGUGGAUGAUAUCCACUUUGAUCGCGCACAAAUUAAGGGUGUCUUGCACCGUGGACUCAAAUCACCAGCUGCAACAACAACAACAACAACAAUGAUGCCCAGUUGCAGCAGUGCAACAACAAGCGCCUACAACAGCGACGAUAGCGAUGAUCAGGGCAUUGUGUUGCAACUGAAACCCAAGUCAACAACUACAACCAAAUCGUUAAAGCACUCAACACCAACAACAACAAAUGCUGCUGCAACAGGAACAGGAACAGCAGCGGGUAGUGGCGUCUCUGUCUCGGGCAGCGAAACGCGUUUAAAGCAAAUGCAACGUCAAAAGUCGCGUCGCAAUCUGAAAAAUGGAAUGGCUGCGCAGCGUUCCGACCUGGGCACCAUUGGAGGCGGCGGCAGCGGUGGCGGUGGUGGGCGUGUGCGUCCAGAUCUUGGCAAGGUCUCGGACAGCAGCGCAGCUUCACAAGCGACAGCAACAUCAAACAGAGCUGCUGCCGUCAAGAGCAGUGAUAACGACGACUCCAGAGCGGCGUCACAGAGCAUAACACAGUCAUUUGUGGGUUCAGUUAGUUCCUUGUUGUUUGGCCGUAAAGGAGGUUGGCUGUAAACAAAACACACAGAUACACACACAGACACAUACGUACGCAGGAGUAGAAGAAUGAGAUGAGAGAAGGCGCCGGACUAUGAUUUCAGUUUUACAGUUUUAGUUUAUUAUAUAUUACAUACUAUAUUUAUAUAUGCAACAACAACAAAAAACGAAACCACACAAAAUACAAAAAAAAAACGAAAGUAAAGGAUUCAUUUGUUUUGCCGCUGCCGUCAUUUAUUUAAAUGAAUGAAUGUAUGAUGAUGAUGAUGUUAUGCAACACUGGCUAACUUAGUGUUUGUAGCUGUGAUUUGUAAAUACUUGUAGUAAAAUGUUUAAAUUUAGUAGUUAUUAUUAUAAUUAAUGAAAUCUUCACUUGUUUUGCUUGUGUGCAACGGCGGCUAAACUGUAAGGCUAAUACACCAACAACAACAACAACAUCCAGUAACAAGAACAACACCAACAACAAACACCACACUAUGGUCAGUUAGUUCCAAAGCAGCUUUUUAUUUACUCAACAUUAACAUUAAACAUAAAUUAAUUAAUUUUGCCAAUUAUGUAUUUAUUUUCAUGUAUGUGUUUACUUAAAUGAUUAUGAGAUGAAGCUUAGCGUAGUAUUUUAUUUUUCCUAAACAAAUUUUUAUGUAUAAAUCGAAGAUGUGCUAAAGUGAAAAGUUGUAUAUAAAUUGAGAUAAAUCAUUAAAGAAAAAGUGGAUAUGCAAAGAGGUACAUAUAUUUUUUUACACAUGUAUGUAUAGUUUACGUUUUUGCUUUCCACUUGCCUCU